AUGACGGAUCAAAUGAAGUUUAUUGUUAAAGAAAUUAAUCAAACCCUGGGACGGAACUACGAUUUAAUAAAAUUCGACGCUCUUGAUGAGAAGCAAUUGCUACAGCUCCUGGUAGAUUUACUGGUAUUUUUCAAAGCUGGUGAAAAGUUGGAUAUAUGCGAAGAUGAAACUGAAAAUGUGUCUAUACGUUUGCUCGAAAUGUUAGGAAACGUAAAAUUACGACCUCCAUCGGGAGUAGAUCCUGCCACCUUUAGAACUCAACUUCUUGCCGGUGACGCCAGGACUGUACAUCAUGUUCUUUAUUGGCUUCUGUCGAAUCCGGAGCAAGUUAAAAACACGGCAUAUCUCGCUAGGUAUUUAAAAAUACCCGAAAUACCCCCGGAUGUCGCUCGGAACAACACUAUUCAGGAUCUUUUAGAUGUGUAUAACAAUCUCAUUGACGAAUUUAAGGACGUACACAAAAGGACUCGGCUCCUACAAAAGGAGAAAGCUACAGAAAUUAUUAACGAUAUUAAAGAAAUGGCAGUAGAGCGAGAUAUAGUGAUAAAGAAACUGGAGAAUGUUCAAGUUCACCUUGCUGAUGUGAAAAAUAAAGACGACCUCCUACAUGAGAGUAAACUUUUACGAGUGCAACAAGAACGAGCCAAGGAAUUGAAGGCACAAUAUGAAACCCAACAAACACAACUUAAAACUGCGAGUGAUCAACUCAAACGAUAUUUGAACGUUAUGCAUGGGCAAAGCGCGGUUCCUAAAACAGCUACGGAUGUGAUUAAACAUCUUCAAGAAGAAAUACAGUUAAAUAAUUACUUGGUUAAAGAAAAAUUACCUCAAGAAUGUAACAAUUUACAAAAAGAGCUCAACAUUAUGCAAACAGUUGCCAUGGAACAACAUCCGACUCGUAACGAUUUAAACGGAAUUCAAGAAAAGAUUGCUAAUGUAAACGCGGAAAUAGAACAGUUAGUGCAGCAAAAGCUUGCUACAUCGGGGUCGCAGGAAGACAAGCUAGCACCAUUUCGACAGCAAGCGUCAGUGAUAAAACGGAACAAGGAGGCAAGCGCGGCUCAUGUACACGAAUUGACCGCUACAUUGAAGGAACAUGAAGCUACACUUGCAGACGUACAAUCACAAGUAAAACAGCUCCUUGGAGAUAUGGUGCUGAGGGGAGAAGAAUUGAAAAAAUAUGUAAAUUCACUACGAACCAAAAGUACUGUGUAUAAACGACAAAGAGCCAAUCUGUCAACAUUUAAGGUUGAAGCGGGAAUUUUGACUAGGACUUUGCAAAUAAUUUGCACGGCGGACCCAACUGUUGAAAUGGCUCUGCUGAAUUAUAAAAAAAUGAAAAUAGAUGACGAGGAAGACAUAGAGAAAGAUGCGAAAUCUGAAUUAACGAAAAAGUCAUUACAUGAUUUGUCUCAGCUCGUAGCGCAGACAGCCCAAAAACUUUCUGAAGUACGUCAAGAGCUGCAACCUUUAGCCGACAAAAUUAAACCAAUAAAACACGAUUUCCAAACCGUACAACAACAAUACGAACAGAAGAAGAGGGUGUAUGAGGCGACAUCGAUAAAUAUAUCGUCCCAAAUGGAACCCCUAAAGAAUCAAGUGAAGGCACUGACGGACGAGUUACAGAGUAAAGAGGACGAAUGGAAAAAUUUGCGGCAAAAGAUUAUGAAGGCGGAAAGUUUGCAGGAAGUUGUGAUGUUUGAAAUGAAAAACUCAAUGCAAUCACCGCGCCAGCCGUCCAAGAUGGAAUCUAUGAAGAGGAAAAUUACUGACUUGGAGGAUAUUGUCCGAAAUUUGGAAGAUGAGCAACGAGCAAUAAGCUCGCGUCAAGGUGCAGUGGAAGAACAGACCCGUUUGUGGCAAAACACAUUGGAUCUUCUCCGCUGUAAAUUAAAAACUCGAAGUGAACCAGCGCCACGUCAAGGCAGAAUGCAUAUUACCCAACACUCACAAAUGCUAACUCUCUCAUAA